AUGGGGACGAUCGGGGCACAUUCGCUGUUAGUUGUAUUGUUUCCGCCUCCUCGCCAGCUACGGCUCUGCUCCCGGGCGAGGCCUGUCACCGACCAGCCGCCGCUCCGCUCAGCCCGGAGCUCUCCUAAUCCCCGAGCUCAAGUAGAUUCCGCUGGCCCGCGGCCUGCACUCUCCGCCGGGCCUACGCCUCCCCGGCCGCCCGGCAGGAGCCCCGGCGCCGCCAGCGGAGCCGGCCGGGAGAGGGUACAAAACCCCCGCCACCCAGGGCGGCUGCCAGCAGGAAUUUACCUGGGCGAAUCGGCGUCUGAAUCCGAGGGGAGGCCGAGGCCGCGGUGGCGAGAGACUAUAAUCCGGGCCGGGUGGGGGGGUGGCUACGGCUCCUCUUCCGUCUCCUCAGUGCGGGGAACAUGUAGAGCCGGGGGGAGACCAGCCGAGAAGACAAAUCGCUGCUUCUUCUUCCUCCUCCUCCUCCUUCUCCCACAUAGAAACACUCACAAACACCCGACCGGGGGCCCGAGCUACCGGGGGGGCAUCGCCGCCGGCCCGGGAACCAAUCCUCCAGUCGGCGGGGGCGUCCCUCCCUGCGGCUUGGUGGUGUCGGAACAAAAUGCCGACCGGAAGUGCAGCUGCAGGAAUGACUCCCUCCGCCGGCGCCAAACACUAACAACCACCCCCUCUUCCCCACUCCACUUCCGCCACCGCCGCCGCCGCCGCCACCGCCACUUCGGCUCGCGUCCUCCGUCGCGCGGCCCCGCACUGUGCCGGGGGCCGGGAGCCGGGCGGCGGCCGCUCUCCUCUGCGCCUUUCGCCUCGGGGUGGCCGUGGAUGUUGCCUUUUAACUGUCGAUCCGGCGGGAACGGCGUUGGCGCUGCUGCCCGGGCGGGCCAGCCCUCCCCGGACUCUAUUUUCCUGGAGGCCGACCAGCAGCAGGGCCCGAGUUCCGUGGUGGUCGUGCGUGCUGGGGACUCGCAGGCCGCGCUGACAGUCCCCGCUCGUCGUCCUAGCUUUAGGGAGCCGAGCCCGCAGUAGCCGCGCGGGGGGACACACGCGAUCCGACGGCGACGUUGCGUUGUUUUGUUUUUGUUUUUUUUUAAUUUUUUGAAUGGUGUCCCUGCAGCCGGGUGGAUGGAUGUAUCGUACACCUUUUUCUCCUUUGGCGAUGCUGCACUUUACCCCCGUCUCUGUAUUAUUUCUGCGGAGGAAGGACGCAACCCUUGGAGGUGAAGAAGCUUCCCGGCCGGAUUGAUUUGGAAUCGUAUAUUUCGAUGCAUUUAUUUCUGGAAAUAUGCGGUCUGCUUGGGCCUGGCCUUUUGUUGCCGGUGAUUUGGGUUCGUCCCUAACCUAGAUGAAGGCCUGUAGGCGACGCUGUUGGAGUGAAUCGCCGGCUGCGGGGCGGCCUGGAGCGCUUGAGCGGGGGUGGAGCCGAGAGCGCGGGCCCCGACCCCCACCGACUCCGGCAGGCAGUGUGGGGGGGGGUGGGGGGGGAGCGGCCUUUCCAAGCCCUUUUCCCUCUCUCCCGUUGAACGUGACUGGACGUGGCUGGAGGACAAAUGUGGUUGUGUGUACAUGACCGUGCGGCUUGUAAUCUUACUGUAACGCGCGAGGUACUGAAACUUACGUGUGUUGGGGAGGAGGGGGGCGCUGUUUGCUCUUUAGCUUCAAAAAAAAAAACUAUAGGUAAGCGAAUUUGAUUGAAACGGGUCACGAUUUGUAUUUCUUCCCCUGAAUAUAGUUAAAUUAUACGUUGGCUGUAUGGUUUAUGUACUCAUAUAUGCAUCGAUACGUGAAAAGUAAAUGGGAAAUUUUGCCUCCAGG